UAGCCACCUAAUAGGAUACAGUCAUGGAUCAGAUCUAAUUUCAAUUCGUCAAAAAAAAGGAUGACGUAUUUCUUCCGUGGCCAAACUGUCGUUCCGCUUGGUUGGUUUCCUAACAGGAUAUAUUCGUUGAGACUGGGUUUUGAUUGGUUUGGAACUAUAUGACGUCAGUGAAAAGUGCAAGUGAGACAGCUAAACUGAGCUGAAAUAAACCCCAAAAAUCACAAAAUUCACCAAAACUAUACGAACAGACACCAACCAAAAAUCAUUACAGUUGCUCCCAUUGGAACACAAGUGAUUACGAAAUCUUCAGUGUAGCUGAAAAGGAAGGAAGCAGAAGAAAAGAAGAUGAAGUGGUUCCGAGGAAAAUUAAGUCUAAUGUUGCUAAUUCUUCAAAUAAUAUUUAUCAUAAUAUUCGGAACAAUCGCAGAAUACAAGGAAUCCGAAGCUGCUCUUGGACGCUAUGACAUGAUACAAGAUGUCCAUGUGAUGAUUUUCAUUGGUUUUGGCUUUCUUAUGACUUUUCUCAAGAGAUAUGGCUUCUCGAGUGUCAGCUUCAACCUUUUAUUAUCUGCUGUUGGAAUCCAAUGGGCUAUGAUUGUCCGGAAUCUUAUUGAAGAACAAAAUAUAGACUUAAGUGUACAAUCUAUGUUGACAGGCGAUUUCGCUAUAGCGACAGUCUUGAUUUCUUUCGGAGCAGUUUUGGGAAAAACCAGUCCGUUACAACUUAUUGUCAUGUUAAUGAUUGAAAUACCAUUGGCCCAAGUUAAUGAAUAUAUUGGACUCCAUAAGUUUCAUGCUUAUGACGUUGGGGAAUCUAUGUACAUCCAUACAUUCGGUGCCUAUUUCGGUCUAGCCGUGGCACGUGUCUUGUACAACGAUGAAAUCGAAUUAUCGAACAAAGAAUCCAGCGUCUAUCAUUCAGAUUUGUUCUCCAUGGUUGGUACCAUAUUUUUGUGGGCAUUCUGGCCAAGUUUCAACAGUGCUGCAGCUGCCGAUGAGGCCAGGCAAAAUGCCAUUCUCAACACGCUUCUUUCCCUUUGUGCAUGCACUGUCAUAGUAUUUGCUGCUUCCUCUGCGAUAGAUAAAAAAGGAAAACUUGAUAUGGUUCAUAUCCAGAACUCAACUCUUGCUGGUGGCGUCGUUGUUGGUGCAUGUGCAGAUAUUCUUUUACAGCCAUAUGCAGCUAUGAUUGCUGGGUGUUUGGUUGGCUUGCUAUCUGUGGUCGGAUUUGUAUACAUACAGCCUUUCUUGUUAAAGUAUUUGAAAAUACAUGAUACUUGUGGUGUGAACAAUUUACAUGGAAUGCCAGGUAUUGCAGCUGGUAUUAUUGCUGCAGUAGUUGCAGCUACAUCCGAGAAAGACACCCAUAAGCUCUUGGGUGACAUCUAUACAAUCCGAAAAGAUCCAGCCAGCAGCGAUUAUAGAACAGCUAUUGUACAAGGAGGAUUCCAGAUUGCUGCUCUAUGUGUAACUCUUGUGAUUGCGAUCGUCGGCGGUGUUCUUACAGGUCUAAUCUUAAAACUUCCAAUAUGGAAUGAACCUGAUGACUUAUUUGAAGACGAGUUGCAUUGGAAGCUCCUCGAAGAACCUGUGCCAAGAAUAAGUAACGACAACAGAGUCACAACUAAAUUCUAAGCGGAAGAAGAAAAUAUUUCAUUUCCUUUUACGAUGCGAAAGAUGUCUGUUUGUAGUUGUUACUGUUAUUGUUGUUGUUUGUUUUAGCAAACAUCAUUUUGUUAAAUAAUGAAAGACUAUAACUAACCCAAGUAACAUCUCAGGCUACUCUAACGGAAGACAAAUCAAAAGGACUCUUAAAUAAAGCUUAAAUUCACUUACAAUGUUAAAACUAAUCAACCUCCCUAGACACUUUAUAUCCUCUAUAUGGUUGUAGGAACUGCAUCAAAACAACAGAGGCGAAGCGGUGCACCAACCAGUUGUGUAGACAAGUCACAUGACAACUACAGCGGAAUUUGGUUUUGUAUGAUGACUUAUAUAUUUAAAAUAUAUAUCCAAAGAUAAUAUAGUUUUGAAACUUAUAUAAUUUGCGAGAAAUAAAACAGAUGUACAUACAUUAAUUUGGUAAUCCUUAAGGUUACAACAUCA